GGAGUUCUAUGCAGUAUUGUGUAAUUCAUAGUUAUUUAUUGUGUUAUUAUUGUUUAUAGGCGGACGUACCGCUAUCAGGCGAGUACCAUACUCGACUCAGCAAUCAGCAAUCAAUUACAAUAAAUAAAGAAUUUGUGCCUGACCUAAAGGUGAAACGAAGUCGAUGAAAUUUUAAGAUUUUGACAUAUUAUGAGGAUUACUUUAUACCAGCAUGCUUAACGUCGAGUGUCACAUUUGGGCAAUUAAGGGAAACGAAGUGCUCACAAGUUUUGCUCGAUCUACCAUCGAAUUUAGACCCACCAGGCUUUACGCUGCAACUAGGCAUCAUUUAUCAAUAUUGUCAAUGCACUUGUAAUCACAUUUAUUUGUCCGUACGUCAUUUUUACGUUUAUUUGUUACUAAUAACAGUGGAACGAGGAAAAUACUACGUUUGUACACCGCAAAGUGAUAUCAUUCGUUAUUUCUGUGCUCGGUGUAACUUAACGUCUUUGCUAUUGAAGUGAAAAAGUAAAUAUUUUGCGCUAGGUGAAGAUGGCGCCGAUAUCGCUGAAGAUAGUCCUCGACGAGGGCGCUGUGACCAGGAAGGUUAAGUUCGACACCACGGACACCGUCGCCAAGGCGUACGACAUCGUCAAGGACAAGGUCAUCGUGGAAGGAGGGAAAGACUAUGGACUGUUCCUGCGCUCGGUGGACGACACGCUGGCGGGCGUGUGGCUCGAGCGGCAACGCACCCUGGACUACUACAUGCUGCGAGAUGGAGACUCACUCGACUACAUCUGCAAGAUCAGGAACCUGAGAGUGCGGAUGUUGGACGGCACGGUGAAGACCAUGCAAGUAGAUCAGUCGAAGACCAUCGCGAACCUGAUGUUCGACAUCUGCUCGAGGCUCGGCAUCAUCAACCACGACGAGUAUGGAUUGUGUCGCGAGGAAGUAGAAUCGUCAGACGACAAAGAGCUGAAGGCGGGUAAUACAGCCACCCUCACCAAGAACAAGGGUCCGCCGCGGGAGAGAGACCAGCAGCUCGAGCAACUCAGCAAGAUACUCAAAACUGAUGACAAUGUGCUAUGGCUCGACCACCAUAAGACGUUACGCGAGGCGGCAGUGGAACCCACAGAGACGUUACUAUUGAAGCGACGCCUGUUCUACUCGGACCGCAACGUGGACUCGCGCGACCCUGUGCAGCUCAACUUGCUGUACGUGCAGACCAGGGAUGCGAUCCUCAACGGACGGCAUCCGGUCACUGAGGACCAAGCCGUGGAGUUCGCCGGAAUACAAUGCCAGAUCCACUUCGACGAUUUUCACGAAGAGAAGCACAAGCCCGGAUACAUAGAGAACCUGGCCGAGUUCCUCCCGGAACAGUACGCGGGCUCGUGGGGUGUGGAGAAGAAGAUCCUGAAGGCGUAUCGAGCGCACCAGGGCCUGAAUCAGCUGGAAGCCAAGUGUCUGUACAUCAAGACGGCCAGGGACCUGCCCACAUACGGUGUCACUUUCUUUUUAGUUAAGGAGAAACAAAAGAACAAGAAGAAAUUGGUACCUCGGCUGCUGGGCAUCAACGCGGAGUCGAUCCUGCGCCUCGACGAGAACACCAAGGAGAUCCUGCAGGUGUGGCCGCUCACGCAGGUCAAGACCUACCACGUCGGCAAGUCGGAGACGUUCACGCUCAACUUUGGGGAUUAUAGUGACAAAGAAUACAGCGUGAAGACGCAGGACGCGUACCGCAUCCGCGACAUCCUCGAGGGUUACAUCGACUUGAUCCGGAAGCGCAUCCUCGCCGGCCCGGACAACCUCGGCUCGGAGAGCGCCGUCAUCGUCCAGGAUAAUGUCGAGGCUUCCAGAGGCAACAUCAUUCAUAUAGUGUCGAAUAACCCGAGCAAAGUGGUGGAGCAGUCGUUCGUGGGACCUUCCAAGCUGAUACCGUAUGCUAAUGAGAUGAACACCGGCCAAGGCACACAGAUUGUGACGGUGCAGCAGAUGGUGGUCACCGGGAUGGUGAACAACCCACAACAGGCGGUGAAAGGUGAAGUUCCAAUGCGCAGUGACAUGUCUAUGGAGUCUAUAAGGCGACUGAAUCGCCUUAAUUCUCAAUCUGUGGUCCUUGUUGGAUUAUUGUCAGAACCUGAUGAGGACAAAAUCCGUGAAGCGCAAAGGACGGUGGACACAAUCAAUUCGGACAUCAUGCCCGUGUUGGUUGAAGGUCUACACAAGUCUGCCCAGAAGCAGUCGACGGAAGAAAGCAAGAAGAAGAUGUUAGACGAGCUCCAGGAGUUGUCAGACUACGUGCAGCAACUGACGCACAGCAUAAAGAUAGAACCUGUCAAGCCCAAGGAAGCUGAGGAGACGGCCAUGAAGAUCGCCAAUCUGACGACGCAGAUGUACGCGGAGCUGGACCCCAAGACCAAGAGGAGGAGUGAUCUGCUCAGAAGAUCCCGUCGCAGCUUCAUAGUGGAUGAGAAGAUGGACAGCAGCCUCCGCCGAGCCUCGUUCAUAGCCGCGGCCACCACCGCCCUGCACGUGCUUGAUGAUGCACAGAAGAACAUCAGCCAGCCGUAUGCUGGACCUCCAUUAGACAAGACCCAGGUGGAAGACACAGAGAAGUCUGCGCUGGAUAAAUUGGGCAAACUGAACGCAGCGAUUGCGCUAUACCUGUCUGCCCAUACCGAUCCCAAAAUCAUCGACUACUCAACAGCGGUCACUUCAAUGAACACCAUCAAAGAACUCAUGCCGGAGUUGGCUAAUGACGCCCAAGCGCUGGGCAGCGUGAGGGACAACAAGAGUCGGCAGCAGUUGCUGGACGGCAUCCGCGCGCUGUGCGACUCCACCAGGACCAUCUGCACCCUCACCGGCGCCGAGGAUCAUGAGAAAAUGCAAGACGCGUCGAACAAAUACGCAGAUGUGUCCAGGAAACUGAUAUUCACCAUCGGGAAAGGAGUCGACAAGGCCACGGAGGCAGAGAUCCUAAAACUAGCUAAGAACGCGUGUGACAAGGCGGUGAUGCUGCAAAAGGCUGGCAAUGAUGUCGCCAAGGCCAAAGGAGUUGACGCCAAGGAGAUUCAAGACGCUGGUCAGCACGUCGUCACCUGCGGGAAGGAUUUGGUUGCUUGUGCUAAGAUCACAGCGCCGUGUCCGCACGAGGCGCACGGGCGCAGCGCGCUGCUCGCGGCCGCGGCCGGCACCGCCGCCGCCGCGCGCGCGCUGCUGCACCGCGCCGCGCCCGCCGCCGCCACCGCCGCGCCCGCCUGCGACAAGCUGCACGCGCGCGCCGCUGAUCUCGACAUCGCUCUGGAGGCUAUAAACGAAGCUUGCUCGAAACUCGAGGACGCAGAUGCGAAAGCCAAUGCCAAAGCCGAACCGGAACCCGACGCGAAACCCAAGUCUCCCGAAGAGAUAUUACGGCUGCAGAUAGUGAAGACCAUCACCGUGGCCAAGGACAAACUGCACGCUGCCGAUGAUGAACUUAACAAGCCACUGACGAGCACCAUGAUGAAUCUCGAAGAUGCGGAGAAACAGAAACUACAGCUUGCGAAGAAAAUUGCGCAAAUCAACGCGGCGAUGGCGUCCUUCGUGUCUGCUUAUUCAGACCGCGAGAAACCCGACCGGGCGACCGCUGAGCUGGCGUUAAGGACCAUCACCGAGCUGGUGCCUGAAGUUGCACGUGAUGCGAAGACUCUAAGCGCAAGCAUGGACCCAGACUCGCGGAACCAGUUCCUGCAGCAGAUCCAGGCGCUGUGCCAGGCUAGCAAGGACGUCUGCGCCACCGCCGAGACCGAGGGUGUCAACGCCGCAGUGAGGAAGUUCUCAAACGCGUCAGAGAAGCUUGUGUUCACCCUGACUCCAAGAGAAGAUGGUGCAAAGGGGCAGCAGAUGUUGGACCUGGCAAGUUCUGCAUGCGACAAGGCUUCCCAACUGCUGUCGAACGUUCACCAGCUGGCGAACAUAGUUGAAGGUGUCAACGGUCAGGAUCUCGACUGUAAGGGAGUCAGGGUGGUGGACAAGGCUCAGGCGCUGCUUGCCGCUGCACAGGUGACAGCCCCUACCAUCACCGAGCCUCGUUGCCAGUCUUCACUGCUGUCCACAGUUGACGACCUCUCGUCAUCCAGCCAGCAGCUUGCUGACUCCUGGCGGAAGGUGCCUCCCAGCCCGUACCACCAGCCGCUGGAAACCGAGCUGCAAGAGUUGGAGAAGAUCUUGGACAAGAUGAGGAAGGGAUGCCAGUCUCCACCACCAGGAGCCACAAAGAUGAUGAUGCCGAUGGUGUCGCCCCAGGAGAUGCAGAGACUGAAGUACGUGAGGACUGUCUCUAGAGCCAAGAAGAACUUGCAAGCGGCCGAUGAUGAACUCAAUAAGCCGGAUAUAUGCUUGCUGAUGCGACAAGAGGAUGCUGAUAAGAUGCAGAAACAACUCCAGCAGCGGCUCGAAGAACUAAACGCGGCUGUCGCGGCGCUACUUGCGACCUCUCAAGACCGUUCGAACCCUGAUUACGUGGCGACUGAAGAGGCAGUCAGCACCAUCUCUGAACUCGUACCACAAGUCGCCAAGGAUUCGAAGACGCUAAGCUCCAGCAUGGAUGCGGAGUCUCGUGACAAGUUCCUGGCAAAGGUCCGUGCGUUGUGCGAUGCCAGUAAGGACGUCUGCAGCAGCGCUGAGAGUGGCAAGGGCCUGGAGCCAGCCGCAUCGAAGUUCGCGGACGCAUCAGGAAGGCUGGCGUUUACAAUUAGUCCAAAAUCUGGCACCAGUAAUGAGCAACAGGUGGUGGAUCUGUCAAGUGCUGCCUGCGACAAGGCCGCGCAGCUGCUGUUCAACGUGCAGCAGCUGUCGCAGCAGGUCGGCGGUGAUGCUGGAGAGCAUUUAGACAGGAAAGGGGUUGAUGUCUGUAACAGCGCACAAGCCAUACUCGUCGCUUCACAGAACUGGGGUCCUAACAUCUCGGAUCCCCGCGCCCGAUCGGAGCUCCUAUCAGCAGUGGACUCGCUCUCAUCGUCGGGGCAGGACCUAGCCAAGAACUGGCGGCAGGUGCCUAAGGGUCCUCGUCACCAGGUCCUAGAGAAAGAUCUGCAGGAGUUGGAGAAGAUCCUGGGACAGCUUCGCGGAGCCUGUGAAAGUGCUGCUGAUGAUCAAGUCAAGAAGGUGGCAGAGGUCAAGCGGCUGCAGUUUGUGAAGAGUGCUGCCGAUGCCAAGAGGAACCUGCAAGCAGCUGACGAUGAGCUGAACAAGCCGGUGAUACCUGCUCCACUGAAUCAAGAAGACGUUGUGAACAAACAGCAUCGCCUGCACCAGCACCUUGAGGAUCUCAACGCUGCUAUCGCGGCACUGAUGGCUUCUACGGCUGAUUCUUCGAGGCCGGACUACGCGGCCGCUGAAAAAUCAGUCGAUACAAUCAACAAACUGCUGCCCGAAGUCGUUAAAGAUGCGAAAGCCUUGGGCGCGAGUCAGGAGCCGUCGAGCCGCGACGCGUUGCUGAAGCAGGUGCGCGCACUGUGUGACGCCAGCAGGGACGUAUGCGCCAGCGCAGAGACCGGACAGGGACUGAGCCAAUCAGCGUCGAAGUUUGCAGACGCUUCAGGAAGGCUGGUGUUCGUAAUUAGCCCCAAAACCAGCACCACUAAAGAACAGCAGGUGUUGGAUCUCUCGGCCGCGGCAUGCGGUACGGCGUCGCAGCUGCUGUCCAACGUGCAGCAGUUGUCGCAGCAGGUCGGUGGAGAUGCUGGAGUGGCCCUCGACAGGAAGGGGGCUAAGGCGGCUGAUGCAGCACAGGCUCUGCUUGGAGUUGCUGAGAAAUCAGCUUCGACGAUAUCCAAACCAGAAUCUCAAAAAUCUAUGUCGUCGGCGGUGGACGAUCUAUCCUCAGCGACUCAGGAGCUGGCUACUGCCUGGCGACAAGUGCCAGCAGGCUCUCGCAGCCAGACCCUGGAAAGAGAACUACAGGACUUGGAAAAGAUCCUGGGACAGCUGCGUGGAACUUGUCAAAGCGCUGGCGAUGAUGAAGUAAAGAAGGCGGCAGAAAUCAAGCGGCUGCAGUUCGUGAAGUCUGCUGCCGGAGCCAGGAAGAACCUGCAGGCCGUCGACGACGAACUGAGCAAGCCAGCGCAGACUACAGCACUAAAACAGGAAGAUGUUGCCAAAAAACAAAAUCGCCUGCACCAGCACAUUGACGACCUCAACGCUGCCAUCGCAGCUCUGAUGGCCUCCACGGCUGAUUAUUCGAAAUCCGACUACGCGGUCGCUGAAAAAUCAGUCGACACAAUUACGAAACUACUGCCCGAAGUCGUGAAAGAUGCGAAGGCCUUGGGCGCGAGUCAGGAGCCGUCGAGCCGAGACGCGUUGCUGAAGCAGGUGCGCGCGCUGUGUGACGCCAGCAGGGACGUAUGCGCCAGCGCAGAGACCGGACAGGAUCUGAGCCAAUCAGCAUCGAAGUUCGCGGACGCUUCAGGAAGACUGGCGUUUGUGGUUAGCUCUAAACCCAAUAUCGGCAAAGAACAGCAGGUGUUGGAUCUCUCCGCCGCUGCGUGCAGCAAGGCCUCGCAGCUGUUGUCGAACGUGCAACAUUUGUCGCAGCAGGUCGGCGGUGAUGCUGGAGUGGCCCUCGAUAGGAAGGGGGCGAAGGCGGCUGACGAUGCAAAGGAGUUGCUUGAAGUUGUGCAGGGAUCAGCCUCUGCGAUUUCCGAACCUGCUUGUCAAAAAUCGGUGCUGUCAUCCGUGGAUGCUUUGUCGUCAUCGAGCCAGGACCUGGCGUCCACCUGGCGGCAAUUACCAGCAGGUCCUCACAACCUUACCCUGGAGAGGGAGCUGCAGGAUUUGGAGAAGAUCCUGGGACAGCUGCGUGGAACUUGUCAAAGCGCUGGCGACGACGAGGUUAAAAAGGCGACGGAGAAGAAGCGGCUGCAGUUUGUGAAGUCUGCCGCUGGAGCUAUGAAGAACCUGCAGGCGGCUGACGCCGAGUUAAACAAGCCGGUGCAAUCCGCUCCAUUGAAACAAGAAGAAGUUGUCAAAAAACAAAACCGUCUGCAGCAACACAUUGAGGACCUUAACGCUGCCAUCGCGGCCCUGAUGGCCUCUACAGCUGAUCAUUCGAGGCCGGACUACGCGGCCGCUGAAAAAUCAGUCGAUACAAUCAACAAACUGCUGCCCGAAGUUGUCAAAGAUGCGAAGGCCUUGGGCGCGAGUCAGGAGCCGUCGAGCCGCGACGCGUUGCUGAAGCAGGUGCGCGCGCUGUGUGACGCCAGCAGGGACGUAUGCGCCAGCGCUGAGACCGGACAGGACCUAAGUGGAUCAGCGUCGAAGUUCGCGAACGCUUCGGGAAGACUGGCGUUUAUGGUCAGUCCCAAAACCAACACCAGCAGAGUACAGCAGGUGUUGGACCUGUCGGCUGCUGCGUGCGGCACGGCCGCGCAGCUGUUGUCGAAUGUGCAACAGCUGUCGCAGGAGGUCGGCGGUGAUGCUGGAGUGGCUCUCGAUAGAAAGGGGGCGAAAGUGGCUGACGACUCGAAGGCGUUGCUUGAAGUUGCACAGAACCCAGCCUUAAUUUCCGACCCUGCUAAGCAAGAAUCGAUCCAGUCGACGGUGGACGCUCUGUCGUCAUCGACUCAGGACCUGGCCUCCACUUGGCGGCGACUACCAGCAGGUUCUCACAACCACACUUUGGAGAGAAGUCUGCAAGAUUUAGAGAAGAUACUGGGACAGUUGCGUGGAACUUGCCAAAGUGCUAUCGAUGAUGAUGUUAAGAAAGCGGCAGAGAUCAAGCGGAUGCAGUUCGUGAAGUCUGCCGCCAGCGCCAGGAGGAACCUGCAAGCGGCCGAUGACGAACUGAACAAGCAGGUAAUGGCGACCGCCCCGCUGAGUCAAGCAGAUAUAGUUCAGAAGCGCAACCGCCUGCAAGAGCACAUCGCCGUCCUCAGUGCUGCUAUCGCGGCCCUCCUCGCUUCCACCACUGAUCGUUCAAGAUCGGACUACACGACCGCCGAACAAUCUGUUGAUACUAUCUCAAAACUGACCACUGAAGUCGUUAAAGACGCGAAGAGCCUGGGCAUGACCCAGGAUCCCAGCACGAGGGAGAAGCUGAUGAAGCACGUGCGCACGCUCUGCGACGCCAGUAAGGACGUGUGCGCCAGCGCAGAAAGAGGACAGGGUCUGAGCGAAUCGGCGUCAAAGUUCGCUGACGCUUCAGGCAAGCUCAUCUUCGUGGUCAGCCCCAACACCAACACUAGCAAAGAACAACAGGUCUUGGAUCUGUCUACUGCCGCGUGCGGCACAGCAUCGCAGCUGCUGUCUAACGUGCAGCAGCUGUCGCAGCAGAUCGGUGGGGAUACUGGAAUGGCUCUCGACAAGAAAGGGGCAAAGGCGGCUGACGACGCGAAGGCAUUACUUGAAACCGCUGAGAAAUCGGCUCCGACCAUAUCCGAUCCUGGUUCUCAAAAAUCCAUCCUGUCGUCGGUGGAUGCUCUGUUAGGGUUGAGCCAGGACCUGGCUAAUACCUGGCGACAGGUGCCUGCGGGCUCCCGGCACCAGGUGUUGGAGCGGGAGCUGCAAGACUUGGAGAGGAUUCUCGGACAGCUGCGAGAGGCUUGCCGAAGUGCUGGAGAUCAAGCGGCAAAGGACGACGUCCAGCGCCUCAAGUUCGUGAAGACGGUCGGUGCGACCAAGCAGAGUUUGAAGACUGCUGACGAAGAGCUGAAGAAGCCGGCUCCCACGACGCCGUUGACGCAAGAGGCGGCGGUGGACAUGCAGCAUCAGGUACAGCAGGAGCUUGGCCAGAUGAGCGGCGCCAUCGCGGCACUCGUCACUGCUACUGCUGAUCGCUCGCAUCCUGACUACGCCACAGCUGAGCAGUCUCUCGGAGUCGUCACCUUGCUACUUCCUCUGAUCAUCAAAGACGCGAAGACAUUAAGCCCGAAUCAAGAGCCGGCAGGUCGCGAGGCGCUGGCGGAGCGCGUCCAGGCGCUCUGCCAGGCCAGCAAGGACGUGUGCGCCAGUGCCGAAACUGGAGAGGGUUUGCCGGAAGCUGCGUCAAGGUACGCCAAUGCCUCGGGCAAGCUGGUGUAUGUGAUCAACCCUCGAGUAGACGUGGUCAAGGGGCAACAGGUGCUAGAUCUGUCAGCAAUCGCAUGCGGCACAGCAUCUCAGCUGUUAGCCAACGUGCAGCAUCUGACGCAGCAGGUCAGCGGCCCUGUGGCUGAAGAUUUGGACAGGAAGGGCGCCACCGUCGCCGAUAAUGCGCAGGCCCUGCUAACUGUUGCUCAGGUGACAGCGCCGUCCAUCUCGGACCCUCACUGUCAGGCGUCUAUACUGUCGUCAGUGGACGGACUAUCAGCCUCGAGCCAGAACUUGGCGCAGGCCUGGCGCAAAUUGCCUUCAGGCGCUACGAAGCCCCUGGAACAGGAGCUGGAAGACUUAGAGAAGACCUUGGUGCAAAUUAAGGCGGCCGUCAAGAGUGAUGCAGGUUCAAAGCCCAAGGUCCGUCCAGAGGUCCCCAAGCGCAAGUCGGGCACGUUCAGCGCCGCACAGGGCCCGAAGCCGCGCGGCCCGCCGCCCGCCGUGCCGCGCCGCAACCCGCGCGCCUCCAUAGAGAUCACGCAGGAGUUCCUCCACACCAUGCGACUCGCCGAAGACCACGCAGCAGAAGAGAAGUAUCGUCAGCAGUUCCUGAAGGCGGUAGAUAAUGCCGGCAGGACUAUUGGCUGCGCUGAAAACAACCUUAAAGAGGUUUACAAGUCGAAGAGUCAAGCAGCAGGGCCGAAGUUGAGCGCGAACCAGCAAGCGAAGAAGCAGAAGGAAAUGGAAGAGAAGUUGGCGCUCGCCAAUGUUAACGUCGCCGCGCUCGUCGGCGCCAACUAUGCCGAUAAAAUCGAUUUCAACACUGCUUCGAAAUCGAUUAACGAGUUGCCGCAACUAUUAUCCGGUAUUGUGGAAGACGGCAAGUCGCUGAGCACCUCAUUCACGGACAAAGCCCGGCAGGCAUUCCUGGACGACAUGCUGCAGUACUGCGAGACGACCAGGACGCUCUGUGACACCGCCAAGAACGAUCGACAGAAACUUAAAGAGGCGGCGGUAAACUUCGGUGAUAAGUCCGCGAGGAUCCUGUACACCGUCAGCUCGGAAGCUGAUCACGACCUGGAGAAACAGAUAAUCUCGACGGCGAAGGACAUCGGCGACAGCACGUCCCGGCUGGCCGCGGCGGGCGCGCGCCUCGCCCCCGCGCCCUCCCCCGCCGCCGCCGCCGCGCUCGACUCCACCGGCGCGCUGCUCUACACCGCCAAGCUGGUAGCGCCCGCCAUCCACAACUCCACCUGCAAAGAAGCCCUCCUAGCAUCAGCAUACAAACUUUCCGAUAACUUGACGGAAUUCUCCAACUCCUGGAAACCGCUGGAGUCAGAUCCGCAACAAGCCAAGAACGUCAAGGAGUUGACAGAGGAGACGAACAAGCUGAUGCAACUCCUGGAACACUUGAGGAGAUGCGUCAGAGGACAACAGGUAGUAGAGGAGAAGAAGGAGAAGCUAGUGGUGGAAAACACUCCGCUAAGGGUCUUGGCUUGCAAAAUUCAUCAGGAUGCACAGAAAAUGUCCGAAAACUCAGAUCUGCCGGUGGGCGUGCGGCACGAGUACGCGCAGUACUGUGACGCCAUCCGCAGCGCCGUGGGCGACGUGGAUGACGCCAGCCUCGAGGCCAGGCGAGCGCCGCAUGACAUAAACAAGUACCGAGAGCUGGAGAAUGCGAUCCAGAAUUUGCAGAUGGUGAUCCUGCAGAACAGACCCAACAGAGACGGCAAGGGAGCUGAUAACAGAAUCGUCGAUUUGAGGGAAUACAUUGAAGAUGUCGCGGCGGAGGCGGACAAAAUUAUUGAAAUUGCCAACUACGUUGAAACUAAGCAAGGCAAGAAGCCUUUAGAGCAUAUCAAAGAAGAGUGCCAGAAGAUCAAGAGUGGCGCGUCGAAUUCCCUCGCCCCGGCGCAGUACUACGGCGACGACGCACGCGACAACGACUUCGAGAUCGACUCGUUCGCGCAGGAAUGCGAGUCUCGCGUAUCAGACAUCGGAAGCCACAUGCGAGCGCUAGAGGAUGAUAAAGCGAGUGCAUCUCUUCUGCCAAGAUACGAAGCUUUGGUGGAGAGCUGCAAUAUGCUGAGGUUUGCAACAAAGAGUGGUCUGGCUACAGCCCAGAGUGCGGCCCUGGAUGCAGCGUUGGAAAAUCUUUAUAACCUGGACACUAGCGUAGCCAAGACGCUAGAGGAGGACGAACAGCACGAUGUCACGAUCAGGCGUCGCGCGCCGCCGCCGCCGCCGAAGCCGUGGGCCCGCUGGCGCGUGUGCCGCGCCGCGCAGGGAGCCGCGCAGGGAGCCGCGCAUGCGCCCGCGCCCGCGCCGCUCGCCGCCUACGCCGCGCAGGAACUCGUGCGCACGCAACACCACCCCGACGAGAGGGACAGAUUAAAAAAACAUUUGUCCAAGCUGAUACAUCUGAUGAAGCUGCUGACGGUGGUGACCAGCAAGCGAGUGGCGAUGUGGCAGCCGACCGACGACCUCGAGCUCGCGACCAUCAGCGAUCAGAUUUUGCAGGAAUUGGAAAAACCAGAAAGCGGUUACGGCUCGUCGGAACACGAUCACUCGAUAUUAACUCCAGAAUAUACCAAGAAGUUAUUGUCUCCAAACCAGAAAGUGAAAAUCACCGGGGACCGACAACAACUGCAAGAGAAGGUGCAGAAGACGUCGUCGAAGCUGUGCAUGAUGAGCGGCAACGUGGUGCAGAGCGUCGCCAGCGCCGCCUCGCUCGCGCGCGGCGCGCACGCCGCCGCCGACGCCGCCGCAGAACUACGCGCCGCCGCGCACGCGCUCCGCACCCAGGAUGCGACGCAUAACAAGCGCAUAGAGGAAGCUGCGCAGGAGAUGUCGUUCGCCACGUACAACCUGCUGGCUCUCUCGGAAUACGUCAGUCAACGACCUGAUCAUCAGAGCUCCAAGAUGAAACUCCUCGAAGCGGUGCGGCAACUGAACCACUCAGUUAAUGAACUGACCCGCGUGACGUGCCCCGCUAACAAGCUGCAGCAGGAGUGCGAGGAGUUGAACAGGACCCUGCAGCUCCAGCACAGUACCCUGCAGGCGACCCCACGGCCAGCCUGCACCAAUGUGUACAAGGACUGCGUGGACGCGCUCAACAGUCAACAGGAUGUUGUUGAUAAGUUGAAGAACGACAGUCCGAUGCCUCGUAAGCAGUUCGUGGAGGAGAUGGGCUACAUCACCACAGCUGUUUGUAACAGCAGCGACUACGCCGCUCAGUGCGCUUACCUGAUCUCGAUAUCAGACGAGAACAAAGCAGCGGCGAAGGAAGGUUUAGUAGACACCCACAAGCUGCAGAAGUGGCUCGGGACUGUGGAGGACACCUGCGUCUCCCUCAUGCACUCCGCCAACGUUGAGAACAUGAAGGAAGAGGACAGGAACCUCAAGAGGCAGGUGGAGAGCCUCUCGGAGAUGCUGGAAGAGUCGUCGGGCAAGGUCCCGGACCGCAGCGUGAGGGCGCGCCUGCUGGAGUGUCGAGAUGAAGUGAACACGUCCGCGGACGCCGUGUCGCGCGCCGUCGACGCGCUCGACGGACAUGCGCUGUGCUCGGACGGGGAGGCUCAGAUCAGAAAACUGACGAUGGGGCUGCUCUCCGCGCUGAACAAGACCGAGUCGCUGGUGGAAGACCCCGUGCUGCAGCCGCAGGUGUCCUCCAUCCAUCCCGACACGCAGGCCAAGAGUGAUGAGGUGCUCAACAAUUGCAAGACAUUAAUUUCCAAGACUCAAGCGCUGGUGAAGCAAGUAAAGUCUUCACCGGAGACGGAUGAGGAGAUGACCUGGGUGAUGUUCAAGAUGGGCAGAGACCAGGUUCUGGAGUCGUUCGAGGCUUUGCUAAAAUCUAUUCGUCUCAACGGGAACCGGUGUGGUAUCCUGGAGUACUCCAUCGAUGUCGCUGAUGAGGAUGCUGAAAUGGCGAACAAAAGUUACGUGCAAGUACAACUGGACACAGCCAAUCAGUGGCUUUGCAGGCCGUCGUGCAGCGCCGUCACCAAGCUGGCGGGACAGCAGGCUGCGAAGAACAUCCUCGACAUUGGCAAGAAGAUGAUUGAGGACAUGAAGCCAGCCGAGAAGGAGACCACCCAGCAACUGAUCAUGGAGAUCGAGCAGCUCCAGACAGAGUGCAGCGUUAAAUACGACCAGGAGAAGUACAGUUUGCUAAUGGAGCGUCUCAAAGAACUGAAGAAGGUCAUCGAACGCGACCUGGUCACCAGGGUGGUGGAAGAGCUGAUCGAGGAGGAGGCGCCUCUCGAGGAUCUUGAAAUCCUCGCCGAUACGGAGAAAGACGCGAGCAAGCGCCACUACCUCCUGGAGCGGAAGAUAGCGGAGCUGCUCGCUCAGCUCGGCAGGGUGACGAGGAUCGCGCGCUUCGUGGCGGACGCGGGGAGCGGCUCGCCCGCCCUCACCAACGAGCUCAAGAAGUGCAGCGACCAGAGUGAACUAUUGGCUCCUAUGCUGGUGAAAGCUGCGCAAGAGAGGAUCAACAAACCUAAUGAUAAGGCCGCAGUGGAUACCUACAAAAGCCUGCUAUCGAAGUACGCGGACUCGUUGUCUCGCGUCCGUGAGCUGUGCGACCAGGCUGUGGAUCCCAUGGACUUUGUGCAGACAGCCGGUGUGAUGAUGGAGCGAAUGAGGGAAGAGUCGAGCCAGAAGGACGACCCGAGGACAUGCGCCAAGACAUCCAACGUGAUCACCAAACUGGCGAACCGCGUGAUCUCGGUGAGCAUGUCGUCGCCGACGGCGCGGCGCGACCCCGAGCUGCAGCGCGCGCUGAGCGACGCCAAGCAGCGCCUCAGGUCCGUCAUCCCCGCGCCCGACACCCGCGCCAGCCGCCUGCCCGACUGGAGGCACACCACCGCCGAGAUCCUGCGCACCACUGGUGAAGUGGAGUCGGUGCUCGGCGGCGAGAACAUAUUCAACAAGCAACCGGAACCCAACCAGCCGAUAUACAGCGUGGCGCUGGACCUGCACGCGUCGGUGCGCGAGUGGUCGUCGCGCGACAACGAGAUCGUCGCCGUCGCGCGCCGCAUGGCCGUCCUCAUGGCCCGGCUCUCCGACUACAUGAACACUGAUAAGCAACGCGAGUUACUGCUGACGUCGAAGCAGAUCGUGCAGGAGUCGCACGAGGUCGCCUACCUCGCCAAGAAGAUGGCGCACGAGUGCACCGACGUCAGGAUCAAGACGAACUUGCUGCGGGUUUGCGAGAGAAUCCCCACCAUCAGCGCCCAGCUGAAGAUGUUGACCGCUGUCAAGGGAUCGUCUCUUGGCCAUCAAGGCACCAAAGAAGACAAAGAAGCCAUGAACAUGCUGGUGGAUAACGCGCAGAGUUUGAUGAGAAGUAUCCAGGACGUGGUGAAGGGAGCAGCGAGUGCGUCCGUGAAGAUCAUGUCGCAGCACGGACCCCGGAACCGCUGGGUGCGCAGGAACUACUACUGAACUGCGCAACAUACAGCGCAGGACCACUGCAGUACAACUAAUUCAUUUUGAUACUUUUAUAUUUUUGUAAUAAAAUAUUUUAUAUCUAA